AUGAAGUCCGCAAUUGUCGCCUCUCUUCUGUUCGUCGCCACUGCCAUUGCAGCCCCUCUCGAGGCCCGCGCUGCUGCAACCGUCGGUUUCGCUCUCUCGAAUGAUCAGAGUGGUUCAUAUGCCGGCGUUACUUUCCCAGCCGAUGGCACCGACAAGAGUAUUUCAUCCCUCUUCGUCUCCACCUCUGUUGGGUCUUCUGGCCACGUCCUCGCCUCAUCCGCCCAACUGACUCAGUUCCCGGGCACGAUCAACUGUGUCCUGAAGAACAAUGGCGCAGCCCUUGCUACUUUCACUGCCCAAAAGACCUUCGCCGAUCUUGACGGCAACCCUGCCAAAGCUAUUCCUGUCAACCUUGACCACGCCAUCAUCAACUGCCACGUUUGA